CAACUUUAUCUUCUGAUAAAUUUCGUUCAACCACGCAGCAAGUGUAUACACCUGCAAGUCUUUCUACACCUUACCAAAUUGAAAUGGAGCCUCUUCGAUCAGCCCCCGAGGCGUCCUCAUUCGUUCUCCUAGCCGACCACCAAUCGCGCACGCCCGUGUCGUUCCACUCCGGCCCUCCAGUCCUCCACUACCACAGCAAGCAGUGCAAGCUGGUCAUCCUCGAACGCGACCUCCUCUCCACACCAGCCCUCAAUGCGAUCCGCGGCUCGACCUCAACAGCAAACGGAUCUAGCAACCAUACUUCCACCGCUAUCGCGAGCGACAAUGCCGCCGCCGACGGAGAAGAAGGACAAGAGAACGAGCUCGUCGUAGACGGCGUAGAUGUCUGGGUGACAUCGGAUAAAUUCCUCCUCUACGCCCCGCCGCCUAUACAUGCAGAUCGCGACCCCGCCGCCCCAGGGACCAACACCGAAGACGACGAGGAGGAAAGCAUCACGCUGACCAUCGUCCCGCCAACGGGGGCGGAGUACGCCGGCGGCGCGGCUACCGCUCCCGGCGAGGAUGCGAUGGACGACCAAGCCGAGAAGCCGGAGGAGACGCCGGUGCAGAUGAUGUAUGCGGCUGUAUCGGCGUGUUCGAAUCUCCAUCCCGAUCCGAUGGAGGAGGACGACGAGGAAGGAGACGGUGAGGGGGAUUCGCUCAUGCAGUCUGGUUUCGUGACGAUGGGGAGCGCGGAUGGGGGCCUGCCGCCGCCUAUGGAUGGUAGUUCGGGAUGGAUCACGGCGGAGAAUAUGCACGAGUAUUUUGAUGAGGAGGGGAAUUGGAUUGGUGGGGGUGAGGAGCCGUCGCUGCCUCUUGGGCCUGGGGCAGGAACUGUGAGGCAGCGCGAGGGUGAGGGCGCGGAGGGUGAUGGGCAGGGCGAGGAUGAGGAGGCGAAGUGGAGGAGGACAGAUUAGGGUGUUGCUAUUGUGUGAGAUGGAUUGUUUGAGAGAAUGCAAGGCUAACUCUCUUGCAAUAUAUGUCUGGGGUUGGCAAAAGUAUUCGUGGUUCUACUGGUGCUAUUUUGACUAUGGGAAAUAUCUAACGAGGAAGAUGACGAAAAGACACUAUGCUACACGAUUGGAUCAAUUCAAGCUGCACCUAUCUGUCUAACACGC